UUAGCCAAUGGAAUGCAUGCAAAGACAAAUUCCUCACGUGAGCUGAAGCUAUCUUUUCCCUCUCUUUCAACGGCUCGCUCGACUAUAGACGCUUAGAAAAAGGCGCGUAGUAAAGAUUACAGUUAUUGUCAGCUGUUUAAAAGUGAUCUUUAUUAAUUUUCACGUCAACUCGAUUUUAACAUGAGGGAGAUUGUUCAUCUGCAGGCCGGUCAAUGUGGAAAUCAGAUCGGUGCCAAGUUUUGGGAGGUUAUCAGUGACGAGCAUGGAAUAGACCCAACUGGCACUUACCAUGGAGAUAGCGAUCUGCAGCUUGAGAGAAUCAAUGUGUACUACAAUGAGGCAACAGGUGGCAAGUAUGUUCCUCGUGCCAUUCUAGUUGAUCUGGAGCCUGGCACGAUGGACUCUGUCCGCUCUGGACCAUUUGGCCAAAUUUUCAGACCGGACAACUUUGUCUUUGGACAGAGUGGUGCAGGUAACAACUGGGCAAAGGGCCAUUACACUGAGGGAGCAGAGCUGGUCGACUCUGUCCUGGAUGUGGUGAGAAAGGAAGCAGAGAGCUGCGACUGUCUUCAGGGUUUCCAGCUCACCCACUCCCUUGGAGGCGGCACGGGCUCUGGCAUGGGCACCCUGUUGAUUAGCAAGAUCCGUGAGGAGUACCCUGACCGCAUCAUGAACACCUUCAGUGUGGUGCCCUCCCCCAAAGUGUCAGACACCGUGGUGGAGCCCUACAACGCCACCCUGUCUGUGCAUCAGCUAGUAGAGAACACUGACGAGACUUACUGCAUCGACAACGAGGCCUUGUAUGACAUCUGCUUUCGCACCCUGAAGCUGACGACUCCCACUUACGGGGACCUCAACCACCUGGUGUCAGCCACCAUGAGUGGUGUCACCACCUGCCUGCGCUUCCCCGGCCAGCUCAACGCCGACCUACGUAAGCUAGCUGUCAACAUGGUCCCAUUCCCCCGCCUGCAUUUCUUCAUGCCAGGCUUUGCCCCCCUCACCAGCAGAGGUAGCCAGCAGUACAGAGCGCUGACGGUGCCCGAACUCACCCAGCAGAUGUUCGAUGCCAAGAACAUGAUGGCCGCCUGCGACCCCCGCCACGGCCGUUACCUCACCGUGGCCGCCAUCUUCCGUGGCCGCAUGUCCAUGAAGGAGGUGGACGAGCAGAUGCUGAACGUGCAGAACAAGAACAGCAGCUACUUCGUCGAAUGGAUCCCCAACAAUGUCAAGACCGCAGUCUGCGACAUCCCACCCCGCGGCCUCAAGAUGGCCGCUACCUUCAUCGGGAACAGCACGGCCAUCCAGGAGCUGUUUAAGCGCAUCUCUGAGCAGUUCACAGCCAUGUUCCGCCGCAAGGCCUUCCUGCACUGGUACACCGGAGAGGGCAUGGACGAGAUGGAGUUCACCGAGGCCGAGAGUAACAUGAACGACCUGGUGUCUGAGUACCAGCAGUACCAGGAUGCCACCGCCGAGGAGGAGGGCGAGUUUGAAGAGGAGGGAGAGGAGGAUAUGGGUUAG